AGUAGACUUAUCAAAAUCUGAUUUAUCCGAGUUUUAAAUGCUGAAAGAUUUGUUUUGUCUGUAUAUUUCAAAGCGGACCAACCAUGUGGUUGAUAGACGAGUAAUACUAUGGGUUUUCACUGCGGAUUUUUUCUCCAAAUCGCUUCAUAAACUUAGUUUGUAUUUCCCCUCUCACUUUGGAUGUGCUAAUUAUUUUAAUCAAAAUCAUAAAAUUGUUGUAAAAAGUUUAUUACAUCAUUACAGUCGAUUUUAAGUGAAACAUUUUGCUUUGUUGUUUAUAAAGGGAUUAAUGAUUCCCAUUGUAUCCAGGAUGCUGGCUUCAGUUUUGGGACUUUUAUACCUGGUCAGCGGACGCACGGUGAGAAGCCAAGAUGUAACAAGUAGCCGAUUUGUGUGUAAGGCCAUCCCCCCGGGCGCAGAGCCCGGCUGCGGGUAUGGCCCCACAGGGAACCGCGUUCAGAGUAGCAGCCCCGUGGAGGACGAGCUACGCAACACCAUCAUCCAGCUUCGGGAAACUAUUCUGCAGCAGAUGGAGACAAUCGUGAGCCAACAGGGAACCAUAAAAGAGCUCAACUCGAAGCUGGCGCGCUGCGAGGCGGCAGCCGAUGAUAUGGCGCAGGGAAAGUCCCGGGGUCAGGGCUCCAGACGCAAGGAGUACGGCAAGAACACAAUGGGAGACCUGCCCCGGGACCCCACUGAGACUAUAGACCAACUGGGCAAAACCAUGCAGACCCUGAAGGGUCGGCUGGAGAAUUUAGAGCAGCAAAGCCUGCGCCUCCCCAGCACAAACUCAUCAGCUGGAGGAGCCUCGGCCCUGACUCCCCUGCCACAGGAGCUCCAUGAGCUCCUGCGCCAGCGUCUGGGGGCGCUGGAAACCCAGCUCCUUCAGAAAGUGACUGAGCUGGAGGAGGAGAAGAGCCAACUCUACAAUGAAACUGCGGCCCACCGCCAACGCACCGAGAGCGCUCUUAACUCCCUCAUGGAGAGGAUCACAGAGCUUGAGAAAAGUAAUAAUGCCUUUAAGUCUCCAGAGGACUUCAAGGUGUCCCUCCCUCUUCGUACCAACUAUCUUUACGGACGCAUCAAGAAGAGCCUCCCAGAGAUGUACGCCUUCACUGUUUGCAUGUGGCUUAAGUCAAGCGCCAGUCCAGGCAUAGGAACUCCUUUCUCUUAUGGCGUGCCCGGCCAGGCCAAUGAGAUAGUCCUCAUUGAAUGGGGCAACAACCCUAUCGAGUUACUGGUCAAUGACAAGGUGGCCCAGCUCCCUCUGUCUGUGAGCGAUGGUCGCUGGCACCACAUCUGCAUCACCUGGACGACCAGAGACGGCUUUUGGGAGGCUUAUCAGCAUGGCGAGCGGCUCGGCACUGGAGACAACCUAGCCCCCUGGCACCCAAUUAAACCUGGAGGGGUGAUCAUCCUGGGACAGGAACAGGACAUCGUGGGAGGGCGGUUUGAUGCAACCCAAGCCUUUGUUGGUGAGCUGAGCCAGUUCAACAUGUGGGACAGAGUACUACGACCUGUGGACAUCAUGGGUUUGGCAAACUGUUCGGCCUACAUGCCUGGGAACGUGGUUCCUUGGAUUGAUGCCAAUGUAGAAGUGUUUGGUGGUGCAAGUAAAGCUGCUCUUGAAAUAUGUGAAGACCGUGCUUUUGAUUCCUAAGGAACACAAUUUAAGGAGUCCUGUAUGGCCACAGAGAUCUGAAAGUUUAAUGUUUAGAUUUUUUGUCAAACCCUAAUGACAAGGGUAGCAUUGGACUAUCCACCAUGGUCUCUAAGGCUUGGUGUUUAUUGGGUUUAAAAGAUCACGUGUCUGUCAAGUUUCAACCCUGAGGACAUUCCAGGAGACUUCAAAUUGGUUCUCCCUGCAGAGGCAGAGGCAGACACUGAAUGCUGUUUAAUUUGUCUGCUGCAAAGAUAUGCUGUUGUCUUGUUUUUUUAUUUUUCAUUCACAAGCUUACUUGUCUUUUGACGGCUCUUUGAGAACAUUUCAGAGUGGUUCUAUUCCUUAUUUUGACAACACUGCACCGCUUUCCUUGUUGAAUGUGAGCUCAAACACGCUUUGAUAUGCUGCAGAAAACUGUUGUGGAGCACCACAUGCUCUGAGCUUUUUGGCUGUUUGAAGAGCAAUGAGAUGACAAAGUAAAUACUUAAAAUGAGGUAGAUGUUUAUGAGUUUAAACCCCACUAUUGUCCAAAAUAAUAUGCAUGUGUCUGAGCAGUGCAUGCUUUCUGUCAACAUGCACAGUAAGUAUGCUGCAUCAAAACAGGUUGAUGCAGCGUGCUGCCAACAUUACGUAAGACCGUGUGUGUGUACGUUCCUGUGUUUAUGGCUUGUCUUGCUUGUAAAACAGACCAGAAGCUUAUGAGGGAGAGAGGGAGGACAUUUUGAUUCUGCAAAUCUAUGCUUAAUACCUCAUUGCCCUUUGAGCAACUGCCAUGCUCCCAAACAACAUUCCGAACUGGCUGGCUCAGCCUGGGUUAACAGCAACGUUGGACAGCUGCGACGCCAGCUGACCACUCAGCGAGGACAGGGACUUGGUCUGACCCUCAAGGACAAUCCCUAACUCCUCGUAUUGGUUGUAAUUAUCCAUGUUUAUGAAUGAAUGUGCCUCUGAGUGGCCCUGGUCUCCUGGUGUUUCUGUAAGUGUGCCAUUAAGGAUAAAACACUGAAAUGUAGAGUCUGAGUCGGACAGAAGAAACACUCUAUAGACAUUAUGAAUGUUAUUAUUACAUGGAGCUUGGUCCUAAAUGUCUAGACAGGUAUAGAGGUUUUGAUCCAUUCAUAUAUAUUUUUAAAUGGUAUGGAGUGUAUUGAUGUAUUUUACCAUUAAUAAGGAAUCAAACGAAUGGUUUUUCGGCUCAGUUUGUUGUUAAUGUUGAAAUGGGCAGUUUUAGGGACCCUUGUUUCAAUCUGUUCCCCAAUGAACCACAACUAACAUCACGAUAAAACUAGAGUUGCACCAGCCAAGCUUUUCAAUUUGUAGUUUUUAUUAGGUCUGACUCACCACUCCCCACUUUAACACAGAGAAGAGAUAAAAAAUAAUACCCUGCAGGUGUUUUUGAUCAAGGUAAUAGUUGUGAAAAAAUUUUUAAAAUGAAGCAAUUCCUGCAUGAGGUAUUUGUGCAUCAAAGAAUAUAUGACUAGACUUAAUAUGAUUUGUUUUUUUAUUAAAAUUAAAAAAGGUGUGUUGAACCACAGACUGUUGAAUUAUGUUUUAUAGAGCAAAAUACUUGGUACUUAGUUUUGAUGUUUUCAUUUAAUAGUACAGGGCAUGUUUUAUUUAAAUACACAAGAAAAUCUGAUUUUCAGUAUUUGAAAUGCUGAACACCAGAGUUAAAGAAAAGAAAACUGGUUC